AUGGCACCAUUCGGAGCUGGUCGCCGUAAGGACUAUACGCCAGUAUCAUGGAAGCAGUAUUUCCAUCAGAGUGUUGAUGUUGAGAUAAAUGCUGGUACCUUCAGAGUGUACCUGUCUCCGGAACCUGACCAUCCAGACAGGCCAAGGAUAGUGACCCUUCAUGGAGGCGGAUAUUCAGGACUUAGCUGGUCUUUGUUCACGGAAGAGAUCACAAGUAUGAUCCACUGCCAAGUAGUGUCGAUCGACAUCAGAGGACAUGGGGAGACUAAAGUGGAGAACUGUGAUGACCUGAGCAUUGAAACACUUGUAUAUGACAUAGAACAAGUACUCCAUAAGUUGUUCACUGAUGGUAUCCCACCGCUGGUGUUAGUGGGCCACUCUAUGGGUGGUGCGGUAGCUGUCAGGGUCUCAUUGCAGCCAUCAUUGGAGCACUGCAUACAGGGCAUUGCUGUUAUAGAUGUUGUUGAAGGCACAGCAAUGGAUGCUUUAGCCAGUAUGCAGAGCUUCUUACGAAGUAGACCUACACAUUUCAAGAGUAUUGAACACGCUAUAGAGUGGUGUGUGCGAAGUGGUCAAGUUCGGAAUGUGGAUUCAGCGAGGGUCUCAAUGCCCAGUCAAAUUAUUAACUGCGAGACGGGGAAAUUGGCUAUCAACGAAGUGGAGAGCUAUACAUCAGUGUCCGACGAGUCACUCCCAGCUCCUACAAGGCAUGCGCCCCUAGCUGACCGGAUUGCUGAAGAGUCUGAUGGUGAAGCUGAUGGGGAAUCCGAGACCUGCCCCGAGGACACUGUUGAACACUUUGUGAAGCCUUCAGCGGUGGGAGACGGAAACUCGAGUAUGAAAUACAAGUGGCGCAUAGAGUUGUCCCGCACGGAGCGUCACUGGGCGGGCUGGUUCCGCGGGCUGUCGGCCGCCUUCCUCAGUGUACGCGCGCCCCGCCUGUUGCUGCUUGCCUCCAUCGACGGACUGGAUCGCGAGCUCACCGUGGGACAGAUGCAAGGUAAAUUCCAAAUGCAAGUACUGACCAGAUGUGGACAUGCGGUACACGAAGAUACGCCCGGAGAGGUGGCGCGCGUGGUGGCAGCGUUUGCCCUCCGUCACCGCUUGACGUGCCCUACGGAGCUGGGCGCCGACAUGCAACUCCUCCAUACUGUUCCCGGCUGCUGAAUUAUUUCUACCUUAUACUCUACUUAUUGUAAGUCUACUAAACGUCUGUUGAGUCUGAGUGCCAGUUUGUCUUUGCGUUAAGUCGAUCUACCCGUUU